CAUAUGAGUCAAGUUCUCGGUCGGCAUUAGAAAAUUAACAAGUGUUUUACGAUAAAAGUGUCACUAAAAAAUAAAAUAUACAAUUAAACAUUUGCAAUAACCUUCGCGCGUGAAUGUAGAACCGCUCUACCUCGCUGCGGUUGUCGUCCGGUAGUGUUCCUUCCCGAAUAAACCCUUCAAUUUGUCCCCAACAUACUUAGAACCCCCCUCCCCACAAACGAUGGCCAACGAUCGUGAAAUUCUGCGCGAAAUCUGGGAGGGCAAAAUUCCGGUCCACUUCCAGCUGGCGUCGGACGAAACGGACGUCGAGCCGGAGGACUUUUUCCUGCUGAUCCCCCGGCUGAGCUACUUCCCGCUGGUGACGGAGAAGGUGCGGCGCCACUUUCUGCGGGUCGUUUCGAACGAGCUCCAGGACGGGGAGAUGUGGAUGGACAGCAACGGGACGCCACUCAAGUGGCACUAUCCAAUUGGAGUGUUGUUUGAUCUUCUAGUCGGAAGUGACGCCUGUUUGCCCUGGCGCAUCACGGUGCACUUUUCCAAAUUCCCCGAGGAGGUUCUGUUUCGGUGUCCGAACAAGGACAUUGUGGAGGCACACUUUAUGUCUAGUCUGAAGGAAGCUGACGUGCUGAAGCACCGUGGCCAGGUUGUAUCGGCCAUGCAGAAGAAGGACCACAAUCAGCUUUGGUUAGGCUUAGUAAAUGACAAAUUUGACCAAUUUUGGGCGGUCAACCGGCGCCUGAUGGAACCCAUUCCGGACCAGGAUGGUUUCAAACACAUUCCAGUUAGAUGUUAUGCUGAGGAUGGCACCUACCAGCAAAAGCUAGUUGCCCCGGGCACCGAAUCGGGCCAGAAACGUACCCUCCAGGAUCUGCUGGAGGACUUUUCGACACCUGUGCGGAAGGCAGUAUCGGCCCGAUCACACGGCAUCUGCGUCCCAGAGAGCACCCCGCUGCAGUGGCUCUCGGAACACCUCAGCUAUCCGGACAAUUUCCUCCAUCUGUGUCUAGUGUACGCCUAGAGGAUGCGGUCGGUCGGUGGCGAUUCUGUGACUUUCCUUUCUUGGAGCAGCCCCACUUGGCAAAGCCCCAUGAUGACGAUGAUGAACGAGGAGUGCAACAUCGAUCUUCGAAUAGUGUUCUCUAGUUGGUUUUUUUUGUUUCGGAACUAUUUUCUUUGUUUUACACAGUCGCUCGCCUGAAAUCAUUUAUGGUGUCGUGCACUCGCUCCUUAAGAACGAGUUUGACAUUACAAACACACACCAAUCACUGAGUUAUGGACA